AUGGGUUCUCAUGUAUUAGUAAAAAGUUGUCAUGAAAGGACUUUGAAGAUUCAAUCUUUCUGGGCAAGAGAGAGACCCACCAUUAGUACCAUUAGUUUCAAGCUCUCAAGGUCGAGGCCCUACCCACACCCAGGAAGACUUAUAUCAUGCAAGUCUGAAUUAGUUGAUUUUGAUGAGAGAACAAGCCCAAAUGAGGUCAGGAAAGAGAUAGAACGAUGUUAUGAACUCAUACACAGACUUGGGAGAGGAGUCGUGUAUUUGGGUUCUUCAAGGAUGGGACCUGAUCAUUCACAUUAUCUGCAAGCACUAGAGUUGGGUAGAGAGAUUGCAAACCUUUUGGAAUGUACUUCAUGGACGGGUGCUGGUCCAGGGCUAAUGGAUGCUGCUACUAAAGGUGCUUUGCAAGCAGGAAAAUCAGUUGGUGGAUUUAAGAUUGGUAAAGAGGCUGAUGCUGCAGUUAGAAGCUGCAGUUCUGAUAGGACUGCUGUUGUUGCUCUACCUGGUGGGAUUGGUACUCUAGAUGAAAUUUUUGAGAUUUUAGCAUUAAUUCAGCUAGAAAGGAUUGGGUCAGAGCUUCCAGUUCCAUUCUUGUUGAUGAACUAUGACUCAUUCUAUUCAAAGCUUCUAGGCUUCCUUGAUGAUUGUGAGGACUGGGGUACCCUCUCCAAGGGAGAGAUCACAUCUCUCUGGAAGGUUUGUGAUAGUAACUCAGAGGCUUUGGCUUAUUUGGCAGAUUUUUACAAACUACCUCCUCCUACUGACAAAGCCCGGCAUGACAACGAAUUGCAAAGCGCAAGUGGAACGUUUUCGUAA